CCCUCUCAUGGGCUCCAACUUCUUUGUAUGCAGCAGACUAAUAAGAAGCAGACAACAUUUUGAGGAGGGGGGCAGGGGAGAAAGAGAGAGAGGGGGGAUGCUAUUUAGCAGGGUGACAUCAGUCUUUUUUUUUCUGUGCCCAUUUGGAGUCCUGCACAAUAGAGCAGUGCCUCCGAUCUAAACCUUUGCACACACAAAAAAAACAGCGGAAUCAUCUUAAAUAAGUAAUUACAAACGAGAUUAGGGGGUCCCGUUUUGCAAAUCUCAAGCGGGACAAGAUCGAAUUAUGGCAUUCUCGGGCAGAGGAGUGAGCGGCUGGACGCUUGUGGUUUGGGUGGUCGCUGCGUGUUCGCUCCUAGCAGCCGGACGGAGGGUGAAGCAGCCCCGGUGCCCCACUGGAUGCACCUGCACCAAAGAUAAUGCCCUGUGCGAGAACGUCCGAUCCGUUCCUCACAGCUUCCCCUCAGAUGUGCUCUCCCUGUCUUUUGUCAAGUCUGGAUUUAAUGAAAUCACAGGAGGAAGCUUUGUGCAUACACCUGCCCUGCAACUACUAUUGUUCACGGCCAAUUCCUUUGAUCUCAUUGAUGAUGAUGCAUUCGUCAGUCUGCCACAUCUCGAAUAUCUAUUUAUUGAAAAUAACAAGAUUGCAUCAAUCUCCCCCUUUGCAUUCCGGGGCCUCAAAUCAUUGAUUCACCUGAGUCUAGCUUACAACAACCUUGAGACACUGCCUAAGGAUGUGUUCAAGGAGAUGGAUGCUUUGACUAAAGUGGAUCUGAGAGGCAACGACCUAAUAUGCGAUUGCAAGCUCAAGUGGCUGGUAGAAUGGAUGCAUCACACUAACGCCACGCUGGACCAGAUCUACUGCAGUGGUCCACCCAUCCACCAGGGCAAGAAGAUCAAUAAUCUGCUGCCGCACUCCUUCGACUGCGUCACGUCCGAAUUCGCCUCCUAUCAGUCGCUGAAGUUUGAGUCCAUUUCCGUAGAGGCCUUCACCUUCGGUAAAGAUCAGUAUGUUGUGUUUGCGCAACCGUUUGCUGGUACGUGCAACUUUCUGGAAUGGGAUCAUGUUGAGAUGACCUUCAGAAGCUUUGACACCAUUGAAAGCACUUCCACCGUGGUCUGCAAGCCAAUGGUGAUCAACAACCACCUUUUUGUCAUUGUGGCGCAGCUGUUUGGUGGCUCCCACAUUUACAAACGUGACAUUUCCGCCAACAAAUUCAUCAAGAUCCAGGACAUCGACAUCCUGAAAAUCCGCAAACCCAACGACAUUGAGACCUUUGUGAUCGAUGGGGAGUCGUUCUUCAUCAUUGCAGAUAGCUCAAAGGCUGGCUACACAACUGUGUAUAAAUGGAACGGCAAUGGAUUCUACUCCCACCAGUCACUCCAUCCGUGGUACCGCGAUACAGACGUGGAAUACUUGGAGCUCUCCAACAAACCCCACCUGAUCUUGUCCAGCAGCUCCCAGAGGCCGGUGGUUUAUCAGUGGAACAGGGGCCAGAAGCUGUUUGAUCGCAGGACCGAUCUACCAGAGAUGGAGGACGUCUUAUCAGUCCAACACUUCCGGGUCAAAAGUGAGCUGUUUAUAUGCUUGACGAGAUUUAUCGGGGACUCCAAGGUGAUGCGUUGGGACGGAGCCAUGUUCAAGGAGGUCCAGACGUUUCCCUCCCGCGGAUCUAUGGUUUUCCAGCCCGUCUCCAUUGGCAACUGGCAGUAUGCCAUCCUGGGCAGUGAUUAUUCGCUGACGCAGGUCUACCAGUGGGACACCAAGAAAGGCCAGUUUGUCCCGUCCCAGGAGCUCAGCAUUCAAGCGCCACGAGGGUUUUCUCUGGUAUCAGUCGACGGGCGAGACUUCCUGAUUGCAUCCAGCUUUAAGGGGAAGUCUCAGAUAUACGAGCAUCUCAUGAUAGAUCUGAGCGAUUAAAUCCACCAUACAGUUUGGACUACCUGUCUUCUCUGUCAUUGUUUAUCUGACAUUUGUUUCAAAUCUUUGAGAAUGCGGGCAGUGCACACGCAAGGGAGUUGAUAGGGGAAUAUGGUGCAGAUGAGAAGAUGGAGAAAGGAAAGGAACUUAAUGGGACAGUUGAUCUUCUUAAGGAUAGCAGACCUUGGAAGUGUAAAGAAAAUAAUAUGACCUGAGUGGACUGGAGCUGGGGUCGAGGCUCAGAAGAAUUGUGACAAAACUUCAAACCCUCAAUAUGCAUGACCUCAGGAGAGCCCGCCGCGUACCUCACCAGGCCUCAGUUCUUUGGCUUUUUUACAUCGUCAAUAGUGGUUCACUUAUUUUUGUAUGAGGGUUUUUCAGUCAAGAGGUUCUGGUUUCAAUUCUUGGGCCUUUUUGUUUGGUGUUCAGAAUUUAUCUGGGUACUCGGGCUUCCUCCCACAUCUCAAAAACAUGUAUGCUAAUGUCAUUGAAGACUCUAAAUUGCCCAUGGAUGUGAAUGACUCUUGCCUGAGUUCAGCUGAGACAGGCUCCAGCUCACCCUUGACCCUGAACAGGACGAGCGGUAUAGAAAAUGGUCGGGUGAACAAACUGGAGGUCGACAAGCGUCUCAGAAUCGAUGAUGUUCCACUGAAAUAGCUCAUUCCCUAUCGUGAAGUCCCGAGUAGCUUGAUUGUGUGAGUGUAUGACUGUGACUCGGCUGUAAUUGAGCGCAAGCAAAAACACUGUCCAUGGUGAGAAUCACAUUCAUUGUGCUCCGCGCAGCUGUUGUCAUCACUCAUCACUUACAGAGCACGGAUUGAAGAAUCCACUCAGCUCUUCUCCAUCUACUCUGUGCUCAUCGGUUACACAAGACUCUAUGCAUGAUGCAAACACUCACAGUGUUGCUUUUCGGAUGAAUGACUCGCUAGAAGCGUCCCACUGUUUGGCCCCACCUCUCUUCCCUUUCACUGCACUCUUGCCCCUUUUUCGCCCUCAUUGACAAAAGCAUUGUUUGUAUGUACAGUCCCUGUGCUUUCACACAGUCCUCUUAUUGGGAAUCACAAUGGAAUUCUGAAAACAAUUAACAACUUUAUUGACAAUUUGCCAUAUAUGAUUUUUGCUCCUUUUCUUUAUGAUGCUGUAUAAAGUAAUUUAUAUGAUACAGCUUUUGUAGGUGGAAAUGACCACACUCAAGUGUUUUAAUUUUUAAAUAGUGUGUUCAUUUUUGUGUCACUCAAUG